AAAGACUUAUUUUUCCAGCGACUUAAGCAUAGGGUUGUUGUGUUCAACUUUAAUUAUCUUUCAUAAAAAAAAAACAAAAGAAUUCAUUUUUAUAAAAACACUAGGUAUAAUUUAAAAAUACUCAUAUGUGAACGGAUUUAGGUUUAAGUUACUAAAAUGUCUUUAACAAAUAAUUUACUUAUUAAAUUGAUUCUCUUGAGUGCUUUUGUGUCGUUAUGCAGAGCGGGAAAUGUGACUAAAGACGGUGAAGGUGAUAAAGUAUUAAAGGAUCAAACAGCAGGCAAAAAACGCGGGGAAAUGGGAUUCACGGGACUACCUGGUUAUCCUGGAGUAUCUGGAAUAAUUGGUAUGCCAGGUCAAAAAGGCGACAUGGGACUCCCAGGAGUUCCUGGUGUCCCGGGGCUUCAAGGUUACCCUGGACUAAAAGGUGAACGUGGUGACGAUGGGCCCAUGGGACCCCCAGGUAAACCUGGUCUACCAGGACUUGAUGGUUAUCCUGGAAUGCCCGGACCGAAGGGUGAACGUGGUGAGAUGGGACCCAUAGGAGCAAUGGGAGAACCUGGUUUUACUGGACAGAAAGGCCAAAAAGGAGAAUCAGCAUCACAAGCUGGAAUUACAGAAAGACAUAUCAGCUCUGGAGUACUGCUAGUGAAACACAGUCAGACUCAAGAUGUUCCUUCGUGUAAUGCUGGGCAUGUGAAGCUCUGGGAGGGUUAUUCGCUGUUUUCCAAAAACUUGGGUAAUGCUGGAUCCUGUUUGAGGAAAUUCAACCCGAUGCCGUUCCACACAUGUUCGGACAGCGACUGUAGGCCAAUAUACGACAACUAUUGGUUAAAAAACGCAAAUUUAAUGCCGCCCAGUGUCUCAGGAGAAGAGCUUAAGAAAUACAUUUCGAGAUGUGUUGUCUGCGAAGUGCCAUAUAACGUGAUGGCAGUGCAUAGCCAAAGUGCUAUUGUACCGAGAUGUCCGACAGGCUGGGAUGAACUGUGGACUGGCUACAGUUUUGCCGCUGUAACUGAUGACGGUGAGGAUGCCAGCGCCGACGCCCUGGCCAGCCCAGGCUCCUGUCUCUUGAAUUUCCACAGACUCCCGGUGGUAGAAUAUAAUGGAGCAACAGGUUUCGUCAGCUUUAGGAAAGUAAAAGUAAGCCAUUGGCUAGCCGCUCUUGACGAUGAGUUAGCGCCCGGGAUAAAGCCGCGGAAGGACGUGCGAUCUCAAGUGUCGAGGUGCGCCGUCUGUAGCAAGUCUUAAGAAAAACUUAAUCGUGGUUCCAAUAGGUGUAGGUAUCAAACAAGUUUGACACUAGAAAAGGCAUGAAAAUAUUAUCUAUGGGACAAUUCAUGCCUACAUUUAAAAAAAACAUCGUAACAGAAACUGCUUGACAGACUAGGUACGGUAUAUACCUAUAUAUAGUUAUGUACGUAGCUGAUAGGUUAUAUAUAGGGACCAAUUAAUUACUCAUAUAAGAGAGCAGUAAUAAAUCAUAAUAUAAGCUAAA